GUGGAAGAAUAAUGGAUGCUUUUUAGCACAGUUAAACAAAAGCACAAUAAAACAGUCACUGAUAAAGAUGAGUCACUACAAGUGUUUUACUUACUCAGAUAAGAUUGAAAUUCUCUCUAGUCAUUUACAAUCUCAAGGACAUGAAGUUUAUGUCGUUUCUCGUUAAAGGAAUUCGCAGUGUAACAAGAAAAACACUGAUUACUGAGUGUUUAUUUGUAGGUGGGACUUUCCUUCUUCCGUAUGCUGUUUAUUCAAAGAAAGAACUUUUAAGUAAAAGACUAUUUGUACGUGCUGCGUGCGCUACUAGAUUUGCUCCUCAAGGAUCUGUUGUUAGUGAGACUAAGUCACAUGCUCUAUUUCUGACCAUUCACUUGGAUCCCCAGGCAUCACCGCAAGAAUGUUUGAAGUCUAUCGGACAAAUCAAGAAAUAUGUUGAUGCAAUUUGUCCACCUGACUCACGAAGUGAAGAAGAUGAGAUUCUAUACGGUGUUGGCUUUGGAUUUGAAUUUCUACAAAAAAUUAACCCUAAUUAUCAGUCUAGAGGAAUUAAUAAUUACGAAUACCGUGAACGGUCAGGAAACCUUGGUAAAUUACCUAAAACAGAUGGAGAUAUAUUUAUUCAUGCUAAAUGUCAUGAAUAUGGUAAAUUGUUUGAAUUGACACAAGCUAUUAUCAAUAAUUUACCAAAUGGAUCUGUAAUCAAAUUUGAAGAUAUCUACGGAUGGGUUUAUCGUAAUGGACGAGAUUUGAGUGGUUUCAUUGAUGGCACAGAGAAUCCGGCAGAUCCUGAUGAACGAGCUGAAGUGGCGAUCAAUACAAAGACCGGUGGAAGUUACGCUGUUGUUCAAAAAUGGGUUCACAAUAUGGAUAUGAUUCAGACAACAAAAGAUCACACCAAAGAAGGAUGGAUUGGUCGAACAUUGAAAGAUAGUAUCGAGUUGAAGAACAAACCUAUUACUUCUCAUGUCGCCAGAAUGGUUGGAUAAAAUAAUUAUAUUCUAAACCAAUGGUGCACGUAGGCCCCAGUAUCCUGAGGGUACAAUUUUCAUUGGUCACAGGCUACCAUGGGACUUCAUCUCUUGAUGUUGCUCUAAUACCUUGUGGAUCAGACCUUUAUGUCGAAGACUCCGGGUGUCCCCUCCUGAGAAAACCACGUGCUUCGGUUUGAGCAUCCGUAGAGUAUCAUAGCCCAAACUCAAAUCAAGUGACUUGUGUGGAGCAUAUGUAUUCGAUGCACCUUUUUACCAAUAUUUAUGUGUUCGAUUGAAUAAAUAAAUAAAAAAUUGAAGGAAAUUAUUCAAAGAUUUGUUUAAUUUUCAACAGAUUCCAGACUGCAGGUAGUUCAUAUCAUUUAACACUAUAAUAUACCUAUUUUUUAUAUCCUAGUUUUCAGUAAUUUUGCAACUUCAGUUCCAUCUGCUUGUAUGUCUUUCUGUUGGCGUUAUAUCCCACAAGGUAGACAGCUCAAUUGUAAACCUUUCGUUACUAUUGUGAACAGUUUCUUGAGCAUCCAACUCGUGUAAAUGUAGGCGAAACCAAAUUCUGUAACUCCGAGAACACUAUACCAUCAAAACUAUUCAUCUGAACUUCAAAUUUUUCCCAUCAAUUACUAACAUAUUCGAAGUGUGGUUCUGUACUUUUACUUCAGCAGGGUGUAUUUCAUAUUUUAUAUUUUUAAACUUAAUAAUAUGAUCUUUGGUAUUUGUUUUUUCUUACAAUAAUUAGCUGCAGAUUAUGAUGCUCCAUCAAAGUACAAAAUAGUUCGACAAUCUCAACCAUACGGAACUUUAUCCGGCGAUGCUGGUCUACUAUUUAUUGCAUAUGCAGCUGACACAAAAAAUUUCGAUUUCAUGUUGGAUCGAAUGACUGGAGGUAGUGAAGAUCGAAAAAACGAUGAUGUAAUGCGUUUUACCAAGUGUGUCACUGGGAAUUAUUGGUAUUUUCCUAGUGUACCAGAAUUUGACCGUUUAGUUGGCGGUGGUCUAUGGGGAUUUUGGCGACAAUAAAAUCUAAUAUCUUAUUUUAUUUUAUUUGUAAUGAGUAAACAUAUUUAAAUGAAAUUUAUAACCUAAUUUCCACUUUGUUCAUGAUCUAUUGAGAUGUAGCGUAAUUGCGUAUGUAGAUGGCAUAGUUCAGUUUAGUUUUUUUAAAGAAGCACUGACUUUAUUUAGAAUGCUCUAACCUCAGUGAAUAACAACAAAAAAUAACUAGAAUGUUUCCUAUCGA